AUGGGUAACCCAGAAGUCACAGGACUGACUCAAGAGAGUUUUACCACUGACGAUAUUCUAAAUGAUAUCUAUGGGACACAGUCGGUGGAUGACUUUGGAUUUGACUUUGUGGCCGCUGCGGCCGCGAAUGAUGCUCCAGAGCCGCAAAAGUUCGAUACUAUGCUAAGAAACAAGGAAUUGCAAUAUUAUCCCUUGGAUUCUAAAGCAUACUAUGGAUCUAGUAGUCUACACAUACUGGAUAUGGCCAGAAUUUUGUCUACUGGUGGGAGCGAUCAUUUUUCUCUCGAUAAGACGCUAUAUCGUCGUAUGUGUAUGCACGACCAGCUAAAACUAUUCAAGUCAUCUGCACAACUCAGCUCUGGAGAAUCUUUUGCACUCAGAACUUCAGGAUAUGUUCUCGGUAAUCCUCCCCUCUACCUCAAAUAUUUCAACAAGGAGAAUUUUGACCCAGUGAACGCUGCAAAUAGCUUGGAAAUACCUCUAUUAUCUACUCCAGUUGAAGAACUUUUCAAGAGAGUGAUUGAGAAGCGAGUAGAAGAGAACAAAGUAGCCGAAGGGGUAAAAAGACGUAUAAUACGCAGAAAAAAGAGGAAAGAUACAUCUAAGGAUGAGAAUUGGUGUGAUAAAUACGCUCCCAAGUACUUUUCGGAUUUGCUAACCAGCGAAUUUGUCAAUUUAGAGUGCCUAAAGUGGUUAUCCAGCUGGAACAGUUCAUCAACAUACAAUGAAAAAUAUAAGGAGCCAGAAAAACGUAUUCUAUUGCUUGGAGGACCUCCAGGAGUUGGCAAGACUACACUGAUUCGUGUUUUAGCUGCCCAUUGUGGAUACAAUGUUGUCGAAAUUAACUCUAGUGAUGACCGAUCUAAAAACAAAGUUUUGCCAAUAAUUACCGGGGUGAUUUCUGCAAGUUCUGUCACACCUGGUAAACAAAAUCUAUGUUUGUUGGAAGAUGUGGAAAGUUUGGUUCAUUCCGAGACCCACAUUAUAGCGGCCUUGAAGAAUUUUGCUAACAAACUUACUGCAAAGGGAAACCAUGCGAUAAGAAGGCCAAUUAUAUGUACAUGUAAUGAUGUUUAUGCUCGGCAUUUGAAGGAACUGAGGGACGUAUCAAAAGUGAUCAUUUUGGAGCCCUGUGACUCUGUUGUAUUACAGCAAAGGUUGGAAUACAUUUUGGAAAUGGAGGGACUGGGUAUAGAUUCCACAUUUUUGCAAGAAAUACAGAAUACUUAUCGCAAUGACAUUAGAUCCUGCUUGAGCGCUCUUGAAUUUUUGUCUAGUUACACGGGAGAUGUACAUAGUUUGAGCCAGAUUGAUCUUAGUAAAGAUAAUAAUGAUGGCGUUGAAAAGUUGCUACAACUGGUAUUUAACUCUGAACGUAAUACGGAUGAUUUGCACAAGAUCGAAUCCCAACUGGCUAUCACUAUAAACAAUUUGGGAUACAACUCUACCAGUGCUCUCUUAUCGGAGAAUACUGCUCUUUUGCCAACGAAACGAUAUGAUCACUUUUGGAAGCUCUCUAUAUUUUUGGAUAUAAUGGCUCAGAGCGACUGUAUAUGCAACAAGGUUGGAAGUCCAAUGCAGGCUGUGCAGCUACUAAAAGUUGCGUGUGGAUUUGUGAAUCGAUUUAUGUGCAAUGCUAGGUCAUCCCCGCACAAAUUUGUCUAUCCCGCCAGACUGGUUUAUAGUCAACAUCUUACAAAACAAUCUAGAUCUAAAAAUGUAAUGCACUCACUGCAAAAAUCUACCAUUCCUGCUCUUAUUCAGGGUUUGUUUUCAUCUAGAUUUUGUCUAUCCGUUCUCCCGUACAUACUCGAUCAAAUCACAUCUGCAAACCACGCAAUACUAUCGCUUUCAGUUUCUUUUAUCCUUCGUAUAUUAAAGGGUAUCGACGUUGUCUGGGAAUGUUUGGGACCCAUGGGCACAUCAAAAAUUCCACCUUCUCUCCUUCCCUUGGUUCGCACUUUAUCGCUACUUGUUGUUUUUGGUGUGAAUAUAGUCAAUGUCAACCAAAUUGUAUCUUACGAUCCUCCUAUAAUGGACAUGUACUUGCAACCAACAUCGAAGAAUAGGAAGAAUGCAGAGGUUUCUAUUACGGAAAAGCACGCAUCCAUUAUGAAUAGCAUUGUAGACUAUUUGAAAUCUGGAGAUCGAAUGAUUUUGUUUAACAAAGAUGAUAGUUCUUUUCAGGGUUCAAGUCUAUUUAACAAAAAGAGCGUAUUUUCAAACGUUUUUGACGCUGUGAAGUGUGUCUAUAAUGAUGGCUUUUCUGGUUUCAAGAAUUUGCAGGGGCCAGAAAAACUUGUUGCGGAUUCAUUCACUGGCUCCUCUGAUAUAAUACCUUGCAAGAGAACAUUCCCUGAGGCUAUUCCAAUAACCUUUUCACAAAUUAUGGAUUGUGACGCUGAAAGUUUAUUGGAGGAACUAAAUCUUAUUCUUUCUGAUUCCAAUGAAGCCAAGAGGUGCAAAACCUUUGGCACUUACAAGUACCAAGACCAAAACUGCUCAGCUGUUCGAUACAUCAUAAAUGCUUUGGAUUAG